UGGCUCCUAUCUCUCAUAGCAGUGACCAGCCCACAGCCCUGCAGGAGAAAUUCACAGAGUGGCUAUGCGUCUCAGCGGUGCCACGAGGCAAAGACCGAGGAUGGACGUGCUGCCCGAAGGGCUGGAAAAGGUUUCAAGGAAACUGCUAUUACCUAUCCCCUGAUAGGAUGUCCUGGGUUGAGAGUGAGCAGAACUGCACUGGGAUGGGCUCCCACCUGGUGGUGAUCAACAGUGCAGCAGAGCAGGUUUUCCUCUCUGAGCAGAUUAAAAAAGUUUCAGGACCAGAAAAUUUCUUCAUUGGUCUGAGUGCAGAGGAGGUGGGCCAGUGGCACUGGGUGGACAAGACUCCAUAUAAUGAGACAGCAGCGUUCUGGCGCAAGGGUGAACCAAGUAAUACUGAUGAUGAGAAGUGCGUUGUAAUCCACAAGUCCACGUCACCUCCCAAUAACUGGAAUGAUGCCAGAU